AAACAAGCUUGUCGUCUACGGUUCUUUUAAUAUGGACUGUCCUUGUCCUAAAAACCUUUUCCUGUUCUUGCUUUCAUGGAUAGCAACUCUAUUCAGUAUUAAACACCACGGUCCCGUAAACAUGGUAACAACAACGAACGUCGGCUUAAACUACGGCCUCCUCGGAGACAACCUCCCGUCACCGUCCGAUGUCAUCAAACUUUACAAGUCCAUAGGCAUUACUAAAAUCCGAAUCUUCGACCCAAACACAGAGGUUCUCAACGCCUUACGUGGUCACCACGAAAUCGAACUCACUGUAGGCGUCAAGGACCAAGACUUGGCUGCUCUUGCGGCCAGCGAAGAAGCUGUAAAGGGAUGGUUCGCAUCUAACGUCGAGCCUUACUUAGCUGACGUGAACAUCACGUUUAUUACCGUAGGUAACGAAGUCAUCCCCGGACCGAUCGGUCCUCAAGUGCUUCUCGUUAUGCAGUCUCUCACCAACCUCGUCAAGUCAAAGAGUCUUACCAUCUCUGUCACCACUGUUGUGGCUAUGUCGAGUCUCGGACAGUCUUAUCCACCUUCUGCUGGAAUGUUUACUCCCCAGUCACGUGAACAACUCGUACCCGUGCUGAAGUUCUUGUCUCACGCAAGAACACCGAUCCUCGUCAACAUCUACCCUUACUUCGCUUACGCGUCUAACCCCGUAAACAUAAGCAUAGACUACGCCACCUUCAACGCCAAAAACGUCGUGGUCGAGGACGGGGCAAUGCAGUAUACAAACAUGUUUGAUGCUAUUUUCGACGCGUUCGUGUGGGCAAUGGAGAAAGAGGGAGUGAAGGAUGUGUCUAUGGUGGUGUCGGAGACGGGAUGGCCUUCAGCUGGUAACGGGAACUUGACAACGCCUGAGAUAGCUGCUAUGUACAAUGGAAACUUUGUCAAACAUGUGGGAAGCGGUAAAGGGACGCCUAAGAGGCCGAACUGUAGCGUUACUGGGUUUAUAUUUGCGACUUUUAACGAGAAUCAGAAACCAGUUGGAACAGAAGAGCAAUUUGGGUUGUAUGAGCCUACUGAUUUGAAGCCUAUCUACAAGUUGUUUUGAUUUUAAGAUUUUUGAUUCUUUUGACUAUCACCAAUUUAUUAGUUAUUCUUAGAUUUAACGCUCUGAUAUUUUUAAUAGUUGGACAAAAUUCAAGGUUAGCUAUACAUGUAUAUAUCAUCAAUUCAUUUCAGUUUCAUUUUGAAUCUUCGAUAAUGUAAGUAUUGAAGUCGAACUUUAGUUGUGUCUAGAGUUUGCUUCAAGAUUAGUAUAUGUAAAUCAUCCAUUUAUAAGAUUUCGGUUGCGAGUUUGAUCUGUUAGGAAAUAUGCGGUCAAAUUUUGCGGAAAACCAGAAUUUGCGGAAUUUAGGGGGGCGGGAAAACACACACAAAUUUGUUAACGGAGUUCGGCCAGCUUUUGCCUACGUCUCCGGACCUGCUACAGAUCUUUUAUUAUCAACCCGGGAAAUUUUUACAAGCUCUCAACUCACACCCGACCCCAAAUACACUCAAGAAAUUACACUUAAUUUCUUAUAGAGAAAGAUUUUCUCACAAGAAAGAUUUUUUUUUUUUCCUCUCUCUUGCUC